GCAGCUACAAUUUCGAUGCGGGUAUAGAGAAAGAAAAGGAAAAGAGGUAAAGGUGAGGAGAGGAUUUUGAUUUUUAGAUAAAAGGAGAGAGAGCAAAGGUAAGGGAUGAGAUUGGGAGGGAUUUCCCUCCGUAUCCUCCUAAGAUCCAAACGAUGGAACUGGCAUGACUGAAAUUCAUCUCUGUACAAACAGGAAAGGGAUGGGACUACGAUGGAUUUAACGACCCAAUCCCUCCUAAUCUCGCUGAAUCCUCCCGGCCAAACGGGCCUAAAGAGGGCCUUGUAAGGUGACUGGCUCAUAAGUGAGUCGUACAGUAGGAGAAAUCCGAGUAAUGAUAUACGUGGUACGUAUCUUUAUAAAGUGCACACGCGCCUAACUGAUAGGAUAAGUGGGGCCCAUGGUUAGGUUUUCAGACCAUUGGAUUAUUUUAUACAACUUCAGAUGGAAUAUCAAUCAUAUAUCUUCCUUAUAAGACUAAUUAGCAUUUGGAUUUCUGGUCCACUGAUAGACGGUUAAGAAGAAAAAUACAAAGAUUGUUCACAUUCAAAUAAAAGAGGUCCUCAUUGGGAUCGUACAGAAGCAUGUGGGCAGUUCCCUUUCUUUUGACGGCGUUCACAGAAGAUCAAUGGUCUGGAUUUCCGACACGUGGCUCUUAUUUGUCAGAAACGCGAACGCGUGUAUACUUGCAAAGUCGUGGGACGCGUACCAUACAAUUUUCUAUAUGCAGACUGUAUCCCUCGUUUUGGGCAUCUAAUAUCUCUCUCUCUUUCUCUCUCUCCAACGACGGGAGGAUGCAUCAGAGCCUCUGAAAAUACACAGAAUCAUCUCGCGAUGAUCUUUCCUCAGGGUUUUCUAGAAUGAAAAAAGAAGGAAGAGAAUGGAUCUGAAUCUAUACCUAGGUUUGCCACGCUCCCCGAUUCGCCGCGGGUCAGACCUCGGCUCAGAUCUCGCCCUAGCUUUGAUACCGUUGUCAGCUGAAGAAACCGGUUCAAACCAGAUGUCUGGUUUUAUGCCUGCGUCGGAUUCUCAUGCUCCGUACUCGCCCACCCAUGCUUCGUAUACACCCAACUUGCCACCGAUCGAACCUUUGGACCCCACUGAGGAACCUCAAAUUCCCCGUUUUGACCAUGCGCCAUACACUCCAUCCCUUCCGUUCUAUAGGUUGGUCCCACCAUCGUUGGCGCAGAACAGUCCAGAACCCAACGGUAGCUCCCGUCUUGAGUACUGCCCGCACUUGCCAUCUUACAUUCCCGUCUCCCCAACCCCAGAUCGAACUGGGGUUGAACCUCGGGGCCCUGAUGCUAGUGACCCAGUUGGGCAUGCCCCGUACUCUCCAUCGUAUCCUCCUGUCUCACCAGCUGCGGAAGACAUCAUCGGGCCUCUCAUAGAGGGAGGUAGCAACCGUGUUGAGCACGUGCCAUACUCGCCACCAUAUGCUCCAAUGUCGCCGGGGGCAUUGCCAUCCUCACAAGCUGUUGAUGCUUUGGUCGUCGAGGAUGGUGAUUCACAUGUACCAUACUCUCCACCGUAUGUUCCGGUGUCCUUAACCCAACAACUCCACAAUGAUCGCCCCAGUGGUGGAAGCCUGCUGCCUGCUGUUGCCGCCAGUCUCUAUGAAGCAACCAUGCAAACAGGUGAACCUUUGUCCCAGGAUGGUCCUUCGCAACGGGAGCUCUUUCGAUACCCAGAAGUUCGGUUGCGGAGAUUGAUUGAGUCUAGUCGUCGUUGGCCAAGUAGGAGGUUCAGAUCAACAGUUCCAUACAGGGCUGAACCUGAUUUCGGCAUAUCUUCCUUAGCAAUGGAGGAUCGCCUUCUGCAAGACAUCAUGACCACUGACAGAUCCGUGGGAACCUCUGCGACUCAUAAAGUGAGUGUUGAGAGUCUUAUUGCUAAGGAUUCAGAAGAGGAAAAGGAGGAGCAGGGUAGGGCUGCGGCUAACUUUGAGUGCAAUGUUUGUUUGGAUAUGGCUAGGGAUCCAGUUGUCACUUCUUGUGGUCAUUUAUUCUGUUGGCCGUGUUUGUAUCAGAGGCUGCAUGUCCACUGUGAUCAUAAAGAAUGCCCGGUGUGCAAAGGGGAGGUAACAGAGUCGAAUAUCACGCCUAUUUAUGGCCGGGGGAGUACUGAAACCGCGGCCAAGAAGAAGGGCGGGGAAGAUGGGGAUUCGAGUUUGAAGGUGCCCCCAAGACCCCAUGGGCAUAGGUUCGAGAGUUCGAGGCAACGGCAUCCCAGGCCGCUUUCAAGAAAAUUGGAUGGCGAAGAGAAACGGAACGGAAAUAGAUUGGAUGGCGAAGACUGA